AUGACCUGGAGAGGUCAAAGUUGGGCUCGUUGGCGCCAGUCGAAAACGCGCGCGAAAGUCUCGAUAUCCGCCGGCCGCUAUCACAUCCACAUUCACUCCAACCAAACGUCUCAUCCGCGCUACCUCGUCAUGAACCUGAGUGUUUUGAGGUUGUUUUUAUCUCCUUCUGAACCAAAAUGAAUUUAUUCCUUCAGUCCUUUCAAACCCAUUUUCACUUCAACGCCGCUGAGGCCUACAAAUGUCCGCCCUGAAGUUGAAUUUGAAUAUCAAGAAAAAGAAGUUUGUGUGAAGUUUGAAAACUUGAAAACGAUCAACUUUUGAGGUAAAAUUGACGGUUUUGAUCUUGAUGGACGUGGCAUUCUUGGCUCUUCUCAUUGUGUUUGCCAGUGAAGACGGCUUCCCUGGUGACUAUGUGGUUGGUUUUUUUUAAUGCUUUUUGAUUGAGAAUGACUUUUUUACCUUUUACAAAAAAACUGAUCGCCUUCUCAAACCAAAACGAAUAGUUAUAUAUUUGAACUUCAUUUGAGGUAUUUUGUAAAACCUAUAAAACCAUUAACGUCAAAAUAUCGAUUUUCACAGGAUCAAUUCGACCGAGAGCGCUUGGUUUCCUACUUAGUUUUUGCUGGAUUGCUGAUGCUUGCGGUCCUUGGUUGCCGGAAUCGCAAUCCCAUAUUCAUCGUCCCACUGACGUUCGCAAAGGUGAAAAAUUUUGUAUAUCGAAAAAAAAUUGAUUAAGCAACAAUUUUUUUCUGUUUAAGGGAAGAGUGAGCUAUAGCAAGUUCUAGAGCGCUUUCAGAAAAUAAGUAACUAAUGGAAAAAAGAACAUGAAAAAGUUUUUUAGCAUUAGCGUGAGGCUACGAUCUUUAGUAUUCACCUGCUCGUUGUUGCGACGCGGGCGGUCGCGUAGCGUUUUUGCUUUUCUUCGCCAAGUUGUUCAAAUAUUUCUAACCUCACUGAGAAGCGAAUAACUUUGGAACUUACUAAAAUUAAACGCAUGACGACUAAAUUUACAAUUUUUUUGCAGGUUCUGUACUUCGUUGUUUGCACCUGUUUGGCCAGUUACCACACUUAUUUGGCGCUCAAUGGAGAGCUUGAAGGUUCGAUUUCUUUCUUUAACUUUUUGAUUUGAUUCAUAUCCUUCACUGUAGCCAGAAUUUUACAGUGGAAGUAAAUUCCAUUUAAAAAUCCUAUUAUUUUAUUGGAAUCGGAUGGAUCGCUCAGAAAAAAAACUGUUUCAGAUGUGGAUUACGCGUGGUACGAAGUCGUCUUGAUCACCUUCCCGUACAUCGUUUUCGCCCUGACGACCUCCCUUUUGUACUGCGAAAUCAUCGUUUGCUUCUUCGAUUUACGUCUUCAGAUGAUUACUAUGGAAGAAAAUUCUACGGAACUCACUGUCAGUUUUUUUUUCAAUUUUCCAGUUGAAGAACUCGCUUCAUUUCGCCUUCAAUCGAUUUUUUUCAGUUUUUUUUUACUUUUCAAAACGAGUUUUGCACAUAAGGUUUUUUAAGGGCGUCAGCGUUGUGGCUCCCCGCACCGAUCGCCCGUCUCGUUCUUUCCCCAGCAGCGAUUUCGACACACUCACCUUGUAA